ACAAAUAGAGCUAUGAAGAGGGGUCUCGGAAAUUCGUCUUAAGACACGCACAAAGCGCUUCCUGGACCCUUGACCCAGUAUUUGGGAAUCGAGGGAAACUAACAGUAAAUUAACAGUUUUUCGUGUAGAGGUAGAUGUUGUAGAUUUAAGAAAAUGUACAUUUUCUUCAGUAUUUGUCUACUUUUUAAUUUAAAGAUCAUACUGGCAGAGGAGGAAUUGAACAUUCAGUAUCGUUCUAAAAGACAAGGAUUUAGUCCAGAUGCGUUCUUUGAGAAGUUCGGAUACCUGGAGGAGAAAACAGGAACGAACCAACAGCACAGUCCCGCAGACCGCGAAAAAGCCAUCAGGAAUUUUCAACAAAUGGUUGGUCUUCCACAGACCGGGAUUCUGGAUCGAAAAACGAUCAAGAAAAUGCAGGCCCCCCGCUGUGGAAACAAGGACGUGCUGCGUGAGAAAGACGUCAAGAGAAAUAAAAAGAGUUCAAACAUUCAACUGAGGCCAGAAGAAUUUAAAACAUUAGGUUUGAAAUGGCCAAAAAAUGAGGUUACUUGGAAAAUUGUUGGAUACACACGGACGAAUCCACUAUCUAGCUCCAUACAAAGACGAGCUUUCAUCAACGCCUUCAACAAGUGGAGCGCGGUAAGUCCUUUGACUUUCCGAGAGGUCAGAGGUGACGCAGACAUCCUUAUAGACUUUAAGCGGUAUGACCAUAGAGACGGCAGCCCAUUCGACGGCAGAAGUGGCACGCUUGCUCACGCCUUUUUUCCCGGAAAAUCUGGAAUAUCUGGUGACACCCACUUCGAUGAUGACGAGCAGUGGACGAUGAACACCCCUGAGGGGACAAAUCUGGAGAUCGUGGCUGCUCAUGAGUUUGGCCAUGCGCUCGGUCUCAGUCAUACUAAUGUUCCGGAAGCUUUGAUGGCACCCUAUUAUCAGGGUUACGACAAAAAUUACAAGCUACACAAAGAUGAUAUACUAGGGAUUCAAAGUCUUUAUGGAAGACCCUCUAGAACAACCAGACGGCCCUAUUACACAACACGGCGAACCUAUCCGACCAGAAGACCUUACACCCAACGACCGUACACCACACGGCGGCCAUAUACAAGGCCGACAACUCGUAGACCAACUCGUCCUACGCCACCAGUAGACAUCUGUAGUGUCAAGUUUGACACCAUUUUCAAUGCCCAUGACAGUUCCUUGUACGCAACGCGAAAAGAUCAAAUAUAUAAAUUUAAUUCCAAUGGAGUAGGGAUCCAGAGAGGAUUUCCAAGGAAAACAAGAAAAGUCUACAAAAGGGCUCCAAAGAACGCCGGAGCUGCUGUAAAAGAUCGUUACAGGCGCGUUUACAUGUUCAAAGGAAAUAAGAUAUUCAGAUACACAGGAUAUCAACUAGACCGAGGCUUCCCUAAGAGAAUACGCGGUAAAACUAAUUUUUAUCGGAAUUUACAAGCCGCAUUGUCUUGGUAUGAUGGAAGAAUCUAUGUUUUUAAGGGAGAUAAAUAUAGUAUUUGGGAUGAGAGAUACACUACUCCCCCUCGUGGUUACCCCCGACCUAUCUCCUCUUUCUGGGGAGGGAUACCAGUUAACGUGGAGGCGGCCAUCAGAUGGAACAGAUAUACAUACUUCUUCAAAGGCAGAAAUUACUUCAAAUUUGACGAUCGUUAUCGGAGAAAGUACACAGGUUACCCGAAAAGGAAAGCUGCACCUUGGCUGGGAUGCGGACAGUUUACACCAAAAUAAAUUCUUCCGCGAUUACAAGAAAUAAUCGUUGAUGGACAACGAAAUACUAGUAUGCUGCAGGAGAUUAAUAACAUGAUUAUCUUUAUUUUUAUACACUGUGUGUAUUAGAUGCCCUUUCUUUUAUAUUUUGAUGUCGAUUAAUACGACUAUAAUGUAUAUUGCGAUUUUUCUUUUAUUCUCCAUCGUCAACGGAUACAUCCGUUACAAAGAAAUCCUUUUCGAUUCUAUUUUACUUAAAUAGGUAAAAUAUUUGAAAAUAGUAUACCUGGAAAAUAAGUUUCAUAUUUAUUUAUUUAUUCUUUAAAAACAUUUUCACUCGCAAGCGUUAAUUCCUCUAUAGUCUUUAUUUUCAAUAAUUAUAUAACAUUAACUGUAUAUAAAGUGUUCCCAGAAAUUAUUGAGACUUCGUCACAAAAUGUUUUUCAUUUUAUUUUUACAUUAAAUUGUUUUCUUUUUAUUUUGAAAUCAUUUCAAAUGACAAUAUUUGGUACUUUCUAAUUUCAAGAAUAAUCUACAAUUUUUAUUGUAUAUUCCGGUUGAUUGCUAAUGAUCAAACUGAAUGCUUUUUUUAAAAAAAAGUAAAGCCUAUCGUAGAUAUUUUAUUAUCAAAAAUUUAAAAACUAGCAAUACCUCUGGAGUAUUUAAAUGUCUACUGCUGAUUUUCGUGGAACAAAGUAUUGAAUUAUAGAAAGGAAUUCGGCAAAUGUAAAGAACUAAUAGAGCUAGAAAUAAAAUCCCGUUUGUUUUUCAUGAGCAAAUAUCCAAACCUUCGCGUUCUUGGAUAUAUGGGAAUCUUAGCUUACUAGGACUACAAACUUCUUUCGCUGCAUUCCUCCUCUUUUUUUAUAUCUGUUCCACACAAUACAAAUUUGACAUGGAAAUAUUCGUUGUUUCAUAAAUAUUAGCAGAUUUAACAAUCCUUUACUGAUAUACAUUGCUGAAACAGGCUUUCUAAUUUCGAAAGAGGCAAAUUUAUAACAUCAGCCGGCAACAAAAAAAUGCAUAAAAUAAAUGUGAUGA